AAAUUCAAAAUUUAACGAAAUUUAUCUCCUCUAGAUCUAGAUCACCUUGAGCCUACUACCACAAACACACAAACACACUACCUGAAGUAAAUCUGAUCGUGUAGCGAAGAUUAGCAAGGAUUCACCUGCUGGAAGCCAUUUUGUACUGUUUUAUUGUUUUAAGCGGCUGUAAUCAUUUUUCUGUGAUAAAUUUGUGCUGGUAUUUUCACUAGUUGACUAUUUAUUACACUGAAAACUAUUUAUUAAAAGAACAAGCGCUAUAAGAGCUAAAUCCAACGGCUGACAAAAUGGCAGAACAGGCAAAGAAAGACAUGAAACACAUACUGCAGCUGACGAAGGAAGCGCGUCGCAUCUUUCUCAACUCGUUCGACACCCUCAUGUCCGACUGUGACGGUGUGCUGUGGAACUUUACCGGUCCGAUCCCGGGCGUGGACAAGGCGCUGCAGCUGUUGCGUGCCGACGGUAAGAAGCUGGCCUUCAUCUCCAACAACGGUAUGCGCACGAUGGAGGAGUAUCAGAAAAAGUUCCAUGCGCUCGGGAUCGACGCGCAGGAGGAGGAAAUAGUACAUCCCGCCCUGACGACGGUGCACUAUCUGAAGUCGAUCCAGAUGCGGGAUGCGGUGUACUGUAUCGGGACGGAGGUGUUUAAGGACUAUCUCCGGAAGGCUGGCUUUAAAGUGCUCGAUGGGCCCAAGGAACGGUUCCCGGAUAGCCGCGAAGCGAACCAGGUGCGCGUGUACACCGAUUACUUUGAACAGCACGGCCCUAAAGUCGGUGCCGUCGUGAUCGAUAUCGAUGUGAAUCUUUCGCUGCAAAAUCUCAUGAAGGCAAAGUGUUAUCUGGAGCGCGAUCCGAACUGUGUGUUCAUUGCCGGGGCGACCGAUUACAUUAUACCGCUCGAUUCGAGCAUGGAUGUGAUAGGGCCGGGAUACUUUAUCGACAUACUGGAACGAUCGACCGGACGAAAGCCACUCAUUCUUGGCAAACCGGGCAAAGCAUUGGCACAGGUGGUUCUGAAGCAGUUCCAAAUUACCGAUCCGAAGCGAGUUCUGUUUGUGGGUGAUAUGAUGCCACAAGACAUGGGAUUCGGUACACGCUGUGGGUUCCAGAAGUUGCUGAUGCUGAGCGGUGGCACUCCGAAAGAUGUUCUACUGGCACAGAACGAUCCCGACCAGCUGCCGAACUAUUACGCAGACAGUUUUGCCGACUUCAUCGAGCUUUACAAUGAAAACAUGCAUAUCGAGGAAUAGGAAGAGUAGCGAACCGCACGCAAAAGCAAUUGUUUUAUCGUCUCAAACUGUGUAAUCGUUAAUUGUAUUUAGCUCUUUAAAACCCACCAAUAAACAAAUGUUGACGUAUCAAAAGCAA